GUUUCCUCUUGAUUUCUCGCUUUCUCAAUUCUCAUUGGCGCUCCGUUUGACUGUUUCCUGGCUAUAGAGACACGUGAAGGUCAGCAUAGCGCUCGAACAGUGUACACAGUGGUCAAAUAUCAUCAUUUAGCGAUUAUUUAUAGCAUUUGCCAUUGUUUUCCCCAAUGGAUAACCAAGGAGUCACGGCAGACCCUCAGCUGCAGCAGUUUAUCGAGAUCGAGUCUCAGAAGCAGAGGUUUCAGCAGCUGGUUCAUCAGAUGACAGAAGUGUGCUGGGAGAAGUGUAUGGAUAAGCCUGGCCCGAAGCUCGACUCCAGGACAGAGGUGUGCUUCGUAAACUGUGUGGAACGAUUUAUAGAUACAAGUCAGUUCAUUCUCAACAGACUAGAACAAACUCAGAGGAGUAGAGGAACCUUUUCUGACACAAUGACAGACUAGUAGAACCACAGCCGAUGACAAGACCGCAUCAUUUUAGCCACUUCUUGAGUAACGUGACAACUGUGAGGCAACAGCUAUCAACAGGAUUCAAUUUAUUUCUCAAAGACAAAGUGCCUCAUUUUGCUCUUUUUAUUAAUGUAAAGGCCAUAUAUUCAAACUCAGAUGGAUGCAUGUCCCAGUCCCAUUGCCUGUUUAAGACUUUGGUAUGAAAUCAAGGAAACAUCAUGGAACAUCAUCUGACAGGUCGGUUUUACGGAUCUGAUCUGGAAUUUAGGAGGAAGCUGUUUUCGCUUUUUCUUCAACUUCCAUACCAAGUCUGCACUCCACUGUCUUGCUGGGAAUGCUUCAAGAUCUGUGGCUUAUUCAGUGUGUUUUGAAAUGUGGACGUGAAAUAAAAAGAUAAAAUAC